GCUGUAAGUUGCACCGCAGCUCGACUUGGCGGUGGUCCUCUGCAGCAGGCCGAGCUCGGCGCAUCCAUCCCCAUCCGCCGCAGCGUUCCCCCACCAACCCCUGCCAGGUGCAGCCUCGCUGCAGCUUCGGAAGAGGAGUCGAACCCCGGUUCCUUCUUGUCCGCGACAAUGUCUGCUCCAGCCCAGCCACCCGCAGAGGGGGCAGAAGGGGCUGCCCCCGGUGGGGGUCCCCCCGGCCCUCCUCCUAAUCUCACCAGUAACCGGAGGCUACAGCAAACCCAGGCUCAGGUGGAAGAGGUGGUGGACAUCAUGCGCGUGAAUGUGGACAAGGUCCUGGAGAGAGACCAGAAGCUGUCAGAGCUGGAUGACCGGGCCGACGCCUUGCAGGCAGGAGCAUCACAAUUUGAGAGCAGCGCUGCCAAGCUAAAGAGGAAGUAUUGGUGGAAAAACUGCAAGAUGAUGAUUAUGCUGGGAGCUAUCUGUGCCAUCAUCGUGGUAGUUAUUGUAAUCUACUUUUUUACUUGAGAAUGUGCCCCUUUCUCCACCCCUUCCCUGUUCUCCAUGGCCAUCCCAGCUCCCAUCCCUCUCCCUCUCUUUGCUCUCACCACCUCCUCCAUCCCAGCCCAGCCUUCUCCACAGCCCAUUCCUCCUUUUCUGUUGCUUCCAUUUGCCAUGUGUUCAUGUCCUCCACACUGGAAAUGCUGCUCGUGGCAUCGUUCGGGGCCACUACCUGGAGGACAACCACUGGGGCCUCCUUCCCUUCUACCAUGUUCUGAGUUUUCCCCAGAAGCCAGAGCGAGUCAGAGACCAAGGGCCAGGGUGUAGCUGAAGUGAUGUGCCUGAAAAGGUGACAGAGAUGGUCAUAGACCAUCAUGCUCAUGGACCUGAGGAUGGUCAAUUGGAAACCUGCAACUCCAUGCAGGUGCUUAGCACUUCUGUUUGGACCCAGGCCUAAGUGGAUCUUGGGAUUGGGGCCAAGCCUGCUUUUGGGGGGGACCUCAUUUCUAAACUGUGAGCCUAAGAUCUUCCUCAUGUCAGGACAUUUAGAGGGUCUUUCCCUUUGCUCUCCUCUUUUCUAACCUAGAGUUAGAAAAGGCAGGAAUUCUCUCAUUCCCAUCCUCAAGGUAGUCCCACCAGCCAGAAAGGAGCUGACCAUUUUCUGCACAUUUCCGGAUUGUCUAGGAUGAUACCAAAUAGUUUAGUUAGCGGGGCUGGAGUGAUAGCAUAGCAGAGAGGGCACUUACUUUACCCACAGCCAAAACAGCUUUGAUCCCUGGCAUUCCAUAUGCAACACCCGAGCAUCGCCAGGUGUAAUUACUAAGUAUAAAGCCAGAACUAACUCCUGAACAUCACCAGGUAUGACUUUCAAACAAAAACAACAAAAAUCAAAUAGUUCAUCUGGCCCAAGGUGGAAGUUCUCUGCUUAUUUCAAUUCAAGCGUGAGUGGCCUUGUAAACCAGUGCAGGAAAACCUGCUGGUGGCAGGGAAAUCAUGUCAGGGCUUAGUUUGAAACUGCACUGUUGCCUAUCAGGAGAGGUCUCAUUCCUUCCUAAAAAUGGAGCAUGAGGGGGGUUCCAUGUGAGGGUCCUGGGGUUCUAAGGGAAACCCUUUUCCUCUCCCCCAGCCCUUUGUGCUUGUCAUAAACCAGAAGGAAGCAGGAGGGGCCUUUCUGUGUGUUGAGGGAGUUGGCAUUGGGGAUCUCUGUUGUAUGUUGCUGUCCUGUCCCCCGACCCCUUUCUCCACACAACACUUCCCUUCAGACCGGAUUCCCUUCCCCCAUCUGAAUCCCUCUUUAUCUCCUCUCUUUCCUUCUCUUUGUGGUUACACCUGGAACCUAAAGAUGCAAGGAACCUAGGUGUCCUGCUGGGCUAUGGCUGGGGUUCAGGAAAGGGUGUAGAGUGGACAGAUUCAGAAGAUGGUGCGGCAGGAGGAGAGGGCAGAUGGGGGGGGGGGCCUGCUUGAUCUUGUCUCCCUUCCAGUCCUUCGAGGUCCCCAUUGCAGGAUGCAGCUGCAGCCGGGCGAGGUCUGGAGCUCCCCUUUUCCACGCAGCAGCAUUUCAUUGCACAAAACCCAUCUCCCCUGGACGUUCCCCAUCCCAGCCUCCCGCUUCCCUUCCUCCUGUCCCAGAGCGGGCCUGAAGAGCUGGAAGAAAUCAGUGGGUCACUCUGCUGGGCACCUCCGAGCCCUAAUGCUGGGGGUGGGUGUCACCGUUGGAGAAGUUCCUCUGUCCUAAAUAUGUCCCAGGCCUGGAGCAUGUCUGCCCCUAGGUGGCAGGGGGCCCAGCCUAGCUCCCCAGAAUCCCUUCUGGGUGCCUGUCCCCCAGGUGGCUCAUGGACUGUAGUUGGCUUUGGUCUGGGUGGGUUGGGGAAUGGGGCCCCUUUUAGAUUUUUCUUUUUCACCCCACGUCCUCUUCCACGUGUGACCUCGCUGUCCCAGGACCCACCCCCAUGCGCAUGAGCAAAAAUGCAACCAACUCCCCGGGACUGUGCGGGCAAAUGAAGCCGAGCUUCCCCCCACCCCACCCCUUUCUUCAGUUCCCACAAGAUGAUGAUGUGGGCUUUUCACCGUGGGUCUCUCAUCGCCUCAUUGUCUUUUUCCCUCCCCACCCCCUUCCUGGAGAGAACAGGAACAUGUGUAUCUCCACCAAAGGCAUGUGGCAUAUUUACCAAUUUCAUGUAUUCUGAAUAAAGGCAAAAAAAAAAGGAAAAAA